AUGACUAUCCCCCCAAGUUUAAUCAAUUCAACGCCUUCACAAACUUAUAAAGUUGAAGGAAUUACUGGAUUAAUAUUAAUCCAUUCUGAAAUCGAUGAUUUACCAUAUUUACAAAAUAAAUUAUCCGAAUGGGACUUUGGAGAUAUAAUUACUCUUCUAGCAACGUUCUUUGGUACAAUUUUAAGACUUUGGUGUUAUAAAGUUUUAGAUAUGUUUUUCACUUUUAAUGUUGAAAUAAAGAAAAAUCAUAAAUUGAUUACGACCGGUCCUUAUCGAUUCUUGAUUCAUCCUUCGGGUUAG